AGCUCAGAUGCACCCGAUCAAUAUGGGCAGGACAAUACUUCCUGUUGAUCGAGCAGGCAUGCGAGUUGUUUGCGCAAAGCUCGUUAUGGUGGUUGUCGUGGUCAUGGCCCUUGCAGGCAUCGCCCAUGGAGACGGCACAAACGUUUUGGGUGUGACGCAGGCGCUCCAGAGCUCAACGGUUAUGUAUGUGGACAUUGUUGAUCCCACGACGGAGCGGAUUUCUUGGAUGGGCUCGGGCACGCUCAAGAUCUACACGCCCGGAACGUCGACCCAGGAAGGGAGCCUAGUGUGGAGCGGCUCGCCGUCGCCGCCGGCGUUGUACACCCCGACGAUGGCAGGAAUGUACGGGCUGGUGGUGAGCGAAGACCAGGUGUACAACACGCCAUGGGACAUCGACGUGUACUCGACGACGACGUCGGCAACGAUGGGCGGGCGGCUGUGGAGCUACCAGUGGAAUCUGCGCGCAGGAUCGUUCAGCCAAUCCGACGCCGUCGAUGCCUCGGUCUGGGCGAUCUUCUCGACUGUUCUAGGCCUCAAGCUUGUGGAGACACGGUUCGAGGGCCUCGCUGGUUUCGCAUACUCACUCGUCGGCUCAACAGUCGGCAUCGCGUCGGCCACGCCGCAGUACAAGUCGGUGAUGCAGAGCGGGAACACGGUCUCGCCCGAAGUCCGGCUCUACAUCAAUCAGCCGGGGCACAUCACACUCUCGCCAGACGUCCCGUUCAUCAACUUUCACGGCAUCCGCUUCAUCACGCUCGGCUGCGGCAACUUUUAUUCAAAGUGCGAGAACGUGGUGAGCGACAAGCUCCACGUCCAGUUUAUGUUUGAGACCAAUGCCGCCGGCGGGCGCUAUCGGGUGGUGUGCGAUACGGAUCAGGAUGGCAUCUUUGACUUUGUGCGCGAGACCGAUACGGCGCUGCUCGGCGCGACAGUCAACGGCACUAACUACGUCGAGUGGGACGGCCGCGACGAUAGUGGCGCCACCGUCUCACCCGGCAACUACCAGUGCAAGGUCUACGUCUACCUCACCGAGAUGCACUUCCCCAUGAUCGACAUCGAGACCGUUUACCCGGGCCUCCGCAUGUACGAUCACUCCACGGGCUCGCCGGUGGCGCAGACCAUGUACUGGAACGAUGCCGCGGUCGGCGCGCCGGUCAACAUGCCCAAUGGCCAGCCGGGUGCCACCAACUCGGGAUGCUGUGGCGUGUCAUCGGGCGCAUCGUCAGAUGCGACGGUGCCCAACACCAAUGCUCGCGCAUGGGGCAACUUCGACUCGGGCACCAAAGGUGAUCUUGCCAUCCUCAACACCUUUUCACUUGUCGAUCCCGUCAUCUCGAGCGAGUUUACCAUCUCGGUCGGCCAGCCGUCGAUGUGUGAGACCGCAGAGCUGUAUAUCAUCGACACGGUGGUGGAGGAGGCCAACUCAGGCACGCCGACGGUCACCGUUCCCAUCGCUGUUUCGUCGUUCAUUGCGUCGGACGUGACACUCGCGUACGCCACCGUCGAUGGCACCGCCACCGCGGCCGACAGCGACUACACGCCAGCCAGCGGAACAAUCGUCAUUCCAGCCGGCGACUUUUGCAACUCGAUCACCCUCACGGUUGGCGGCGACACUGCCGUCGAGUCGGACGAGUGGUUCUUUGUCGACAUUUGGCAGGUCGCCGGCCCGGCGAUCAUCAUCGUCGAGCCAAGAGCCAACGUGACGUUGCUCAACAACGACUUUCCGCCGCCGCCGCCGCCAUCGCCGCUCCCGCCACCGCCAUCGCCGCCGCCGCCAUCGCCGCCGCCGCCAUCGCCGCCUCCCCCACCACCGCCAUCGCCGCCACCACCGCCGCCGCCGUCGCCGCCACCGCCGUCGCCACCACCGCCGCCACCGCCAUCGCCACCGCCGUCGCCACCGCCAUCACCUCCCCCGCCGUCGCCGCCACCACCUCCUCCCUCGCCCCCGCCGCCACCGCCGCCGGCUGUAGUCCGCAUGGCAGCAGCAACUCUGGCUGUCACUGAACCAUCGUUCGGCACUCAAGCGCUGAGUGUGUUCAUCACGCUCAGCGCACCGUCGCCGUCACCGGUUACCGUCGACUUGGCCACAUCGAUCCCCAGCGAGUCGAGAGCAACCGCAGCCGACCUCGUCCUCACGCAAAGCACGAUUGUCAUUGCCGCCGGUGACACCAGCGGCACCUUUACGGCCACUGUUGCUGCCGAUGACUGGUACGACGACGGCGAGACGUUUGCAGUGACGCUCACCGGCGUCUCUGGCCCGGCGGUCCUCGACUCGAGCGCGACGACCACCACCGUCACUAUCAACGACUCCGGACCCGAGCCAGUCCUGACUGCGAUCGUGAGCCAGCAGUUGGCGGCAGAAGGCAGCGCUGGCGAGGAGCACUCAGUCACCAUCCAACUGGAGCUCUCACGUCCCGCAGAGCCUGCGCUCAGCGUCGCUAUCUCCAUGACGGAUGACUCGGAGGCCAAACUCGGGGAGGAUGCCAAAGUCGGAUCCGUCUCGGCGCGGGCGGACGGCGAAGAGACAAUCACGAUUCCGGCUCUCGCCACUGCGCACAACAUGAGCAUCAUCGUCAUCGGCGACCGUGACUACGAGAUGGACGAGGAUCUUAGGCUCGUGCUGGAUCUGAGCGCUCUCAACACUCCGCCCGCGACCGUCACAAUUGUGAUUCCCAAUGAUGAUACUGAGCCCGAAGUCGAUGUUGAGGCAGACGACACCGAUAUGAGCGGUUCAGUGGUGGCAUCGUUCCGCAUGGUCAACAUCACAGUGCUGCUUGCGGCGCCAAGCUAUGAGGCCGUGGUCGUCUUUAUGGACAUCACGCUGCUGCAGGGCGACGACCCGUUGUACGCCACAGACGCGGACAUCAUUGGCUUCACCCCUGUCGACGGAUCGUACACGACAACAAUCACCAUCCCUCCCGGCCAGACCACGGUCGUGGUUCCAAUCUACCUCCACGAAGCCAAAACGGCGCGACCGAUGAAGACGUUCAACGUUCAGGUCACAUCCGUGGUCAACGGCGAGCGGUCUGAGCGCGCAGCAACACCCCUGCAAGUCAACAUUCCCAGCUACGAGCCGGACGGAAACUCGAACUCGAACGCAAGCACGGAGUUUGGAGACAAGAUUGGCAACUGGUGGUGGAUGCUCAUCCCCAUCUGCGCCAUCUUCAUCACCUGCUUGUGCUGUUGCUGGCUCGCACUGGCCUGCUACAACGAUGAUGAUGAAGAAGCUCCAGUCGUAAUGGAGCAAGCGCCCGAGGCAGCAGCAGCUGAGGGUGACACCCAGCCAGCCAACAAGCCGGUGCGAGUUCGGAAGCGUGUCAAGCGACGCAAGAACGGCGAUGUGAGCCAUGACGCUCAAGGCGCGGGCAUGACAGCCACACAGAUGUCCACACUUCACCCAGCAGCAGCUGUCGAUGACCACGAGUCCGUCUCAUGCGGCACGUUCUCGUCGUCGUCGUCCUCACUCGCGCACUCUGAGGGCAAGAUCCGUGGCCCGGCGCUGAUCAACAUCUCCGGUCUUGGCGACCACGAUUUGUCGCCUCUGUUCUCCGCAGAAAGCCACGAAGACAUGACAGCGGCUGCCCCGGAGCGGCUGUCGCGGCGUGGGAGGCGGCGGUCUCUCCUUGCGCACGACGAUGACGAAGCAGCCAAGAUUCGGGCCAUGCGGGCGGCGCCGCGGCGACGGUCAGUGUGUGCCGAAGCGAUGGCGCGCCCCAAGACCGAGCCCGAUGCAGUCGCGAUGCCCGCUACUGCGGGCGCCAACUAUCGGCGAGUUCGGCGGCGGUCGAUCGCACACGGCUCCACGCUCGGCGUUUCGCACGGUCCGCGGUUGACGAGCGCGACACGCCCGCGCUCGCGCUCGCGCUCGCCAUCUCAGGACGUUUCCGGUGAACGGCGGUUCGCAGGUCAUAUUGCGGCACUGCGGCGGCGAUCGGUAACCGGCACAGUUGAGCCGUCACACGCGAGCUUCAUGCCUGCGCCGCGGGUCCACACCGCCAGCAAGCGGAACACGGGGCGCUCCGCAUCGCGGGCCAAGAGCCCGGCGUCGCGGAUCCAGCAGCGGACCAAGAGCCCGACGCGAUCGGCGGCACACGUCAGCGUCGAGCCGGACGACUUUACGGCCUCGCUCAACAACUACCGGAUCUCGUAACCGAGCUGGCGAUACGCGAAGGGUUACAGACCCGGCAGCUCACUGCGAAGCCUCUCUUUAUCUUUUUACCCACACAUCAUUAACAUUCCUUUCCCUCCUCCACA